AUAUCAAAUGCCGUCAGAGGGUUAAGUGGCUUAGAAGACUGAGUUGGGGAGUGUGGUGUGUGUAGCCUAUUGCAACUGCAUUUGAAAUGCUAUAUAGGUUGUUCUACAUUACAGCAAUAAAUUGUGAAGAUGGCAGCAGGCAGCUGUGUUUUGAUAACACACCCCUUUGGCUGUGUCUGAUAGCUUUAAAAAAACCUACAAAACCAUUCUAUAAUCCUGCUGAUGAAGUGUGUCUUUUGAAUACUGGCUUCUGAAUGGUCUGAGGCUGCAGUUACACACACACACACACACACACACACACACACCCUGAAUAAAAGUAGGUACAAAACAGCAUUGUGUAGAUUGGCUUCAAACAGGGUCAGAAGGAUGCACAGGCCUUCUGCUGAACUGAUGAGUAGUAGGGGAAUAACCGAGUCUUGACAAUCAGGCUGACUUCAAUAUGUGCUUUACACACACAUUGACUCUAUGCACUGAAACCUUCAGAUUUUAAAAUGGUUGUUCUUUAUGCAAUUCUUAGAAUUCUUUCAUGAAGGCCUCUAGUCCGCCAUUUGCAGACCUGGCAGAGCGGGGGCCAUUUUUUAAGGAAUGGAAAGUGGUUCUGUUAGGCUUGAAGGCAAAAGUCUGGGGCCCUCAGCUGAAUGAGCAGGAAUGGUCUCCCAACAGAGCCACAUUUUAUCCCAAGAGGUUUAAGUCCCUUUAAAAAAUCCACCAUUUAUAACCCACCUUUCCUCCAAGGAGCACAAAGUGCACACAUUUUAUGUAUUUGUGUAUAUUGUUUUCUUGCAUAAGGCUAGCAGUGACAGUAAACAGAAACACCAGUCACAAGGUCUACAAAUGAAAUGCAAAAUACAACCUGUAACCACAAAGCCAUUAUAGAGAUGGUUUCAAACCAUAUGAUAUCUCUCACAUAUAAAUCUAAUAUAAAUCUUGCAUUACAGUUCAAAGUGUGCAGCAAUCAAUUGUUCAUAGUUGAUGAAAUAACAAUAAUAAUAAUAAUAAUAAUUUAUUAUUUAUACCCCGCCCAUCUGGCUGGGUUUCCAGGUGAAGGACAUCAGCCCAGCCAUACCCUUCUUGCCACUUCUGGUAAUGCCUUGUAUUCUCCCGCAAGGUGGACACACGAUUAUCCAACUGCCAUUUUUCCUCACAACCACCCUGCAAGGGACUUCUUACCCCGUGGAUCCGGCAUUGUCACCAGGCGCCCUUUGGUCCUGCAACUGGUCAACUCCCCCACAGAAUAUGGUGAGUUCCUACACUGCAAGGGAAAGAAGUUCACUGACUUUGAUGAGAUACGUCAGGAGAUCGAGGCUGAGACUGACAGGAUAACUGGCUCAAACAAGGGCAUCUCUCCUGUCCCAAUCAAUCUCCGAGUCUAUUCUCCCCAUGUCCUGAGUCUGACCCUGGUGGAUCUUCCCGGCAUGACUAAGGUUCCAGUUGGAGACCAGCCUGCUGACAUUGAGUUCCAGAUCCGUGAAAUGCUAAUGCAGUUUGUCACCAAAGAGAACUGCCUCAUCCUUGCAGUGUCCCCAGCAAAUUCAGACCUGGCCAACUCUGAUGCUCUCAAGAUUGCUAAAGAAGUCGACCCUCAAGGCCAACGUACCAUUGGAGUUAUCACCAAACUGGACCUGAUGGACGAAGGAACUGAUGCUCGGGAUGUCCUAGAGAACAAGCUGCUUCCACUACGGAGAGGCUACAUUGGUGUGGUCAACAGAAGCCAGAAAGAUAUUGAUGGAAAGAAGGAUAUUCAGGCUGCGUUGGCUGCAGAGAGGAAGUUCUUUCUCACCCACCCAGCAUACAGGCACAUGGCUGAUCGUAUGGGUACGCCCUAUCUGCAGAAAGUACUGAACCAGCAACUGACCAAUCAUAUCCGAGACACGUUGCCAGGCCUGCGAAACAAACUCCAGAGUCAGCUUCUCUCCAUUGAGAAAGAAGUGGAAGAAUAUAAGAAUUUCCGCCCUGAUGACCCUGCCCGCAAGACCAAAGCUCUGCUUCAGAUGGUCCAGCAGUUUGCUGUGGACUUUGAGAAGCGCAUUGAAGGCUCUGGCGAUCAGAUUGAUACCUAUGAGCUCUCUGGAGGUGCCAGGAUCAACCGCAUAUUCCACGAGAGAUUCCCCUUUGAGUUGGUGAAGAUGGAAUUUGAUGAGAAGGAGCUGCGAAGAGAGAUCAGCUACGCCAUCAAGAACAUCCAUGGAAUCAGAACCGGUCUCUUCACGCCCGACAUGGCCUUUGAGACCAUUGUGAAAAAGCAGGUGAAGAAGAUUAAAGAGCCUUGCCUGAAAUGCGUGGAUAUGGUGAUUUCGGAGUUAAUCAAUACCGUUAGACAGUGCACCAAGAAGCUCAGCCAAUACCCACACCUACGGGAGGAAAUGGAACGAAUUGUUACAACCCACAUCCGCGAUCGAGAGAGCAGAACCAAAGAUCAGGUCAUGCUCCUGAUAGACAUUGAACUAGCCUACAUGAACACAAACCAUGAAGAUUUUAUUGGAUUUGCCAAUGCUCAGCAAAGGAGUAGCCAGAUGAGCAAGAAGAAAACAGCUGGGAAUCAGGUGAUCCGCAAGGGCUGGCUCACCAUCAACAACAUUGGCAUAAUGAAAGGUGGCUCCAAAGAGUAUUGGUUCGUCCUGACAGCUGAGAACCUCUCAUGGUACAAGGACGAUGAGGAAAAAGAGAAGAAAUACAUGUUGCCAGUGGAUAAUCUGAAGGUGCGGGAUGUCGAGAAGGGCUUCAUGUCCAGCAAGCACAUCUUUGCCCUCUUCAACACUGAGCAGAGGAAUGUGUACAAAGAUUACCGGCAGCUGGAGCUGGCCUGUGAGACCCAGGAGGAGGUGGAUAGCUGGAAGGCCUCCUUCUUGCGCGCAGGAGUUUACCCGGAGCGUGUUGGGGCCAGUGAGUCAGAAGAGAACGGAUCUGACAGCUUGAUGCAUUCCAUGGACCCUCAACUGGAGAGACAGGUGGAAACCAUCAGGAACCUUGUAGACUCCUACAUGGCCAUUGUCAACAAGACCAUCCGUGACCUCAUGCCUAAGACCAUCAUGCACCUUAUGAUAAACAAUACAAAGGACUUUAUCCACUCGGAGCUGCUGGCAAACCUGUAUUCCUGUGGAGACCAAAACACACUGAUGGAAGAAUCGGCCGAGCAAGCCCAGCGGCGUGAUGAGAUGCUGCGCAUGUACCAUGCCUUGAAGGAGGCACACCACAUCAUCGGGGACAUCAACACCACCACCAUCAGCACUCCCUUGCCCCCGCCGGUGGACGACUCCUGGCUGCAGGUGCAGAACAUACCGUCCGGACGCAGGUCUCCUACAUCCAGCCCUACACCCCAGAGGAGAGCUCCUGCAGUCCCCCCAGCCAGACCUGGAUCGCGAGGCCCGGCUCCUGGACCACCGCCUGCUGGUGGUCCCACUCUGGGUGGUGCUCCUCCUGUGCCCUCUAGGCCUGGGGCCUCCCCUGAUCCUUUUGGGCCUCCCCCUCAGGUUCCAUCUCGGCCCAACCGUGCACCUCCCGGUGUUCCCAGAAUCACUAUCAGUGACCCUUGAAGAUUGGCAGCUACGGUACGUUCUUCACUCCCACUCACCCCUGCCUCCCUCAGCCUCUAGUGAUGCAUGACUCAGUGUUAGUCUUAUUCCACCCAGCCAUGCCUUCCCAUUCCCCUGUCCUGCCACCUGCCUCUCCUAGGUAGUUCUUAUAGAUAUCCUGGUCUUCAGAAGCAGGCCCUGCAAAUUCCUGCUCGUUAGAGCGUUGUAGUGGAAAUGUGGGAAUUUUUUUGCUGCAAUUAAUUUAAAUUAUGUGAAAAGAAAAUAAUUCCCCCCACUGACCAUCCGUCAUAGUCCUCUUAAGUCCCAUAGAACUGGACAGUUGGGAACAUGAUUUUGAGAAGGAGGGAGGAAGAGAGUGAGUUUGUGAAGAGUAUACCAUUAUCUGGGAGGUUCACCUUAAUAAAGGACUUUUCUCCCCAAGCUUUCUUCCACAAACAUUGGCCAAAGCAGACCGCUGGUCCUUCCAUCCCAGGAUCCUCUCCUCUGUCUGGACUCAGGAAAAGAGGGAGGCCUCUCCCAUCACCUUCUGCUUUUUUUUUUCAUCCUGUGCACUCCCGUACAUUUCAAUUGGGCUGGCACCAGAGCAAGACCAAGUCUCUUGGGGGCUUUCUCCACUCUCAUUGACGUCCACUUGGGUCUCUGGGGAGGGUCUCCUUGCAAACCACGAAGACUUUCCAGCUCUCUUCCGCUGGGUUUGAAAUGGAUCAUUUAAUAAUUUCCCGACGCAAGGCAUAUACACGGUUGCACAGUUGAUCACCCAUAAAGGGGGUGGCUCCUGCACCUAUUCUAGAAAAGGCAAGUUGUGCCAGCAACACAGUUGUUAAAGGCACAAGGCAUCAUCUGCUUUAUUCCUGUAACUGUACACACUUCUCACAGCAAGCUGCUCCUGUUAGAAGAAUGACUCCCUUCAGCAGGAUAUAGGAUAUGCCUCACAUCCCUUCCUUCUGAGUGCUUAGCAACAUACUCAGCAACAGUAGGGCAUAGUAUCUGCCUAACAAGCCUUAGGACAUUGCAUCAAUGUUUUGCUUACUAACUUCCUGUUUGACUUACUUUUGUUAAAAAAAAUGAAAGCUAGUCCAGGAGGGAAUGGACAUGAAAGACUCCCAAAUCAUUCAAAAUUCUACCCCAAAAUGAACUUUAAUUCACCCUUAUUUUACCCGACAAUUAUGGGAAUUACUUUCAGAUGUAGUCCAGAGGUUUGUGAACCAGUUCAGUGAACUUUGUUCAGCUGGACUAGUUCAUUCCAAGCUCUGUGACUUAGGAAAUAUCCCAACUCUACCCCAAACCCCCACCACUGCCACACAGCACCCUCCUUGUGAAACACAGCAGCUUGCAAUCAAAGUUGCUGGGUCUCAAACUUCCUACUGAAUGUGCUUAAACUAACUCCUUUGGGGUUCUGGUUCCAUAUCCCUUGGUACUGUUUUACUUGGUGUGUUGUGACUCUCAAGCCUCACACAUUGACACUCAGGGAUGCACAAAUUUCAUGGCCACACCCAUGCCAUGGAACGCUGCUUUAUUUGUUCCUAAACAAGGUGACCAAGUCUCAGUAAGUUCUUUGAUCUAUCUAGAUAUCUAAUUUCACUUUAUCCCUCCCAUUCUAUAAGAUGUUCAGGAUAAUGUACAUGGUUCCCUGUCUUUAUCUUCACAACCUUGUGAUGUUGGUUUGGUUGUGUGACAGCAACUGGCUCAGAAAGCUUUGUGGCUGAAUGGGGAUUUGAGCCCAAAUCUCCCUGGUCUUAAGUUCAGCACUCUAACCCUUACACCCCUACUGCCUUGAGAUUUAGUCAGCUUCCACAAUGAACCUGUAUGUGUGAAAAGACUGUAGGAGCCAAGCAUCUGACUUGAACUUUGUGCUGUAAACUUUAUUCCACCUUCUGAUCUCUGUACCCAUUUUUUCUACAUUGCAACAAGAGAGCCUUUCUAAGCCUUUCUUGCCUUCUCUGCUUCUAUUUUCCUUUCUCUCUUCCAAAACUUUGCAGCAGCAUUUUUGUUGAACGCCAAAGAAGGGCCUUGGCAAGCAUUAUUCUCUUUGGGGUUUCCAGUUAAGGUAGGAAGAGAAUUCACAACAAAAGGUAGGGCAGCAAAAGAGAUACUUUGGCAAUGAGGAAUUGAGUAUUAAUAGGGCCUGGGGGGCAGUAAAGAAACCCAACUGCAGAUUCUGCAGCUGAGAAAGACAGGUUCUAAGAGUAGCAGAGAUAAUAAUAAUGUGCAUUACAUAAUUCUACUUAGAUUCACAGGAUUUAUUGCACAUUCAGUCAUUCAGUUCCCCUCCCCUGCUUCGUGUGCAUGUUUGCGUGUGCGUGCAAGAACAGUUACACAAGCAAAACGGGUUUUUUUUUCUUCAUGAACAUGAGGACCAGACAGAUUUGUUUUGUUUUUUGAAGCGUGAUUAUAAAAAUGCCGUGGCCUGGGCCAGGUGGCAGGUGCCAUGCUGGCACAGUAAACUAGUGUUCUGGGUGGCUCAUACAGCCUGUUCCACAGCAGUUAUGAGAGAGAGAGAAGGGGGAAUAUCGAAAGCAGGGGCAAUGGUCUCUUGCUCCCUAGCAAGCUCCUCUUAGGAAGCCCCCUGUCCUGGGGGUGGUUUGUUGCCAGGGGAGCAGUGAAGCAGGAGCAAUUUGGCAGUAUAAUAAAUCACACUGAGCUAGAAAAUCUGUCUUAUUGUUAUUUGUGUCCUGAGAGGCUGAAGUUGUGUACACUAGCUUUUAAGCAUAUUUGUAGUGCAAUUUUCCCCUUCCAGAAUUCUGGGCACUGUAGUUUACCCCUCCCAGAGUUCCAAUUUCCAGCAAACCAUAACAAACUAGAGCACCCAGAAUUCUGGAAGGGAAAGACUGCAUUACGAAUGUGUUGUUAAGGAGUAAUAUGUGUGUGACCAAAGGUGAGUGCAGGGGUGGGCAAAGGCAGCAAGCUGUGGAAUUGCACUCACAUGAAAGAGGCAGAGAUAGAAAACCUUUUGCACAUACUUGUCUUUGUACAUGAAUGUAAAAUCUUGAAAAAUGUCCCAUUGUGGGGAGUAUCUCCUGUAAAUUUAAUCAAUCAAUCAUUUUUAAUAUUGUCACAGACCUACGAAGACAGAGCAUACACAGAAUAAAAGCCAUGAGCAUUAAAACAUACACUUACUUAACAUACGAUUACAAAAGAUAAAAGCAUGAGAUACAAAUGGAAAUUAGCAUGAAUCUUCUUAUGAGACCUUUGAGCCUAGAACAGGAACUUGGCCACUAAUUCUGUUAUUAUUAUUUUGUAUCAGCCAAGAAAUAUUCCAGGUGCCAUUCCUGUGUCCUUCUGGGGUGUUUACUCACAAGGGGGCAAAGUAGUCUGUUGCAGAAGGGAGGCAGUUAAAUCUAUAGAUGCAAGGCCAGCCUCCAGCCAUUGACCAGUGGUUAGCACUCACUAUGGGAUUCCAAAAAGGGGAUGCAAAAAGUUCGAAAUAACACUCUCAACUGUUGAACUAAAUCCUGAAUCCACAUUGGAACGACAUACAGCAGCUGAAACAAGAUGUUAGCCUUAUAUACUUUCACGGCAGCAGGGAUAAAUUGUGCUCCCUUACUAUAGGAAAAAAUGGAGCACCACUUCAUUAUACUCUGAGCAGCUUCCACCACCCAUCUGUGUUGGAGUAGUCCAAGAAAGUGUGUAGGAAAACAUAAUGCCCCAAGUAUCUAAUCUUCUUGAUUUGUGUCUAUAUACCAACCCUCUAUUCUCUGCUUAUAAAUCUGCAUCUAGAGAAAAGACCUUGUUUUGUUGUGCUAAAAUUAAUUGUAUAUGCAUUAUCCUUAUGUAAUACUAGAAUGAAUUUUCAAGGCCUGUUUUGGACAGUGGCGUAAGUACAGCAUUGCCUGCCUCAGCCCCUGCCCUUCUAAGUUUGAUCAAGGCCAUUGGUGUGGAGGAAGAGAGUGAGCGGAGAGCAGUGGCGUUCAGGUGGAGGUGCUGAUUUCCCCUUGGCACAUCUCUGUAUCAUCCCCAGUGAACCUGUAGCUGUGGAGGUAUGCCAUGUGAGAGGUAUACCAUGCAGCUCAGGGGGACUGUAACUUGGUGUUCCAUCAUCACGGCCGUUUUGCAGCAACUGACUUGCUUCCAGAACAUCAUCUCUUUCCUGCUUCCUGUCCGCCCUCCUCAACAGCAGCUCAGAGGUUGCCAUUCAGUUCUUGCCAGGCUGUUUGGAUGCAGGAGCUGGUCUUUUUGAGGAGGCUUGGCUGUCGCCCGUGCAUCCUUCUGGGACUCGCUGUUGGGAAACUUUGCCUGCCCAGAGCCUGGAUUACAAAGAGCACCAAGGAAGUCACAAACAAUCAUUUCCCUUCCAGUUUUAAGAGAAGAGUUGCUUUUGCAUCCUUCUUGCAUUACAAGGUUCCUAUGCAACUCCCAUGUAGCAAAUGCUUUUGUGUGUAGAGCAUGACGUGUUAGGAUCCUUCACACCUCUAAAUAGCCACACAGUACACAUGCUGGGAAGCUAUGCCUCCUCAAGGCAGUGCUGACUUUAGACCACUACAAAAUGGAGCUUUGUUCUGGUUGGAGCUUAUUAAGGGGGGGGGAUACAAAUGUAGGUUUGAGAGAGGAAAAUGGUAGACCAAAGCAAACUCUUUCAUGGUAAAGGGCAAGCCCUGGUGACAACUUCUGCUCACAGUGGUUUACAUGCAUGUAGGAUCGUCACACAGAUAAUUUAACUUCUCUGUUAGAUACAUUUACUGUGCAAGAGCCCACAGAUAAUUUUAUACUAGCCUGGGCUAUGGCCAUGGAGAUGGAGAGCCCCUCUGGGAUUCUCCCAAUCUGUUCCCAGACACCCAACCUGAUCAAGCCUCGUGACAUCCAUGCACAGUGGCAACCCCCACAGUAAGAAAGGUUAUGUGGCAGACUUGUCUAUAAUACUGAGACUAUACAGUAACUUAAGGUAAGUUCCAGGAAAUGAAUCAGUACUGGAAAAUGAGUGCUGUCAAGGUUUACAGCACCUAAAAAAAAUGGAUGCACCAGGAUAUGAAUUUGCUUUGCAAAAAUUAGGCCACACUUCAAUCUUUUCUCAAGGCAGUUCGCACAGUAAAAAUAAAACAAAUAUAACAAGAUAGUAACAAAAUCAAAAAGCAUAAAUUAAAACAGGCAGCAAUAAAAUAAAAAACAAGCUAACAUCACAUGGAAAUUGGCAGAGGCUGGUGCCUGCCUGUCUCCUGCUGAAGCAGUUUGGGGUGACAUAAACAAGGGUGAAGCCGUUACUAGAGCUGAAGGACAUACCGUAGCUAAGAGGUGCUUCACCUUGAGCACCCUGCAGCUCAAAGGCAACUUCUGACCACGCCAGUCUGACAGUGUGAAGCAGCCCUUGGUUGUGGCUGGAGAGGUUCAAAAAGACUGGGAGUUGUCAGUUGGAGGGGGGUGGAGGGAGGCAUGCUGCAACCUAAUUUCUGACUAAAUUUGUUCUAGGGUUAUAAAGAAGUGUUUGAAAAAGCUGGACUCAGCUAGUGGUCAAGCUCAAAAAGGUGCCCUUUACUCUCAGAGCAGGGGGUGCCUGAUCCAGACUGGCCGGCAACUUCUGAAACAGCCCCUCCCGGAGGACACCACCCAUUCUGUGUAACAUUGCUCCUCACUCGCUUGGUAUAGUAGCAUCACAAAGGUUGUGCUGCAUGUUUCUCAACACUUACCUGGGUACCAGGACCUCCCUUCUGGAAAUUGGACUCUGGUUUCUAGAGAUCCUUCAGUGGGAUUCUAAGUGAACAUCAGUAAUCCAUGGGGAUUUCAUAGAUCUGCGUCAAGGGCGGCUUCUAGCCUUCCUUUUUAAAGCAGCAACAAUGAAAUUGAUCCAUUUUUAAAAGGCUAUGAAUAACAACUUUGUCCUCUCUGGUCUAAGUGAAGGCCAAGGUCCUGGUCUGGAUGAGGUGGAGAAGCAUGUAGGGAUUGUGACUGACUGCCAUGGCUAACCUGUGUGUGUGUGUUCUCUUCUCGUCUUUCUCUCUCUCUUCUUCUCUCUGCUCUCACAGCCGGAAGGGCCCUGCCUCACCUACUCGACCCACCAUAAUCCGACCAGCUGAACCGUCCCUCUUAGAUUUAUAACCCGAGGCCUGUAGAAAGCUGGCAACAAGUUCUGUGCCCGGGGCUCUCCCCGCCCCAGCAACCCAACCCCUUGUUCCUCCCACAGGCACCUUCACUCCCCUCUUUCCCCCAUGUCGUAAAAUGCUCGUUAGUGAUUGAGCUCUUCUUCGUCUUCUCUCGUGCAUCCUGUAUUGCUUUGUGAGCGUAGAGUAGUCCUAGUUCAGUGGCAUGGGGAACUUGGAAGGACAUAAGAUCUUUGGAGCAUUGUUUUUACAGGAGCAUUGCUGUGCACCAAAAUGGCAGUUGUGGACAACCUGCCUGGUCUGCGCAUAGCGUCCUGCCUGCGUUGGUUAGCUGUAGCAUCUAGCUCUAAUCUAUAGCUACGUAACAAUUAACCCCCCUGCUAUAGUUAAGAUGAAAAUUCUGGAAGAGGAUAACACAUGAAGAUAAUAUUAACAAAAACGUUUUAACAUUCUUGAACAUUAUUGGUAACGUCUGGUAUGUGGGUUUGAGUCAAAGUGCAAACUUUAGGGAACAGUUGACACAUCCUUCUCUCAAGCUGGGGACAGGAAAGCAGUUGUGGAGGGCUUACUGAAUAAUGCCGUCUUGCAGACCAAGAAUUCUCUCACUAUCUCGAGGUGGAAGGAGCCAACACAAUGUGCUACACUCCAUUUUUUGAAGUAGCAAAAGAAGGUUAAGAGAGGCUGGUUUUUCCAGGCAGCUGGCUUGUAUUACCACUUGCAACUGACUUUCCACAAAGCAGGAGAGAGGUUGAUAGCCCUCCUCUCCACAGAAAUGGACUACAUAUCUAAUAUUUCCAGGAGUGGGCUGUGUGUUUUAGUGCAACUACCAUUGCUUCAGACAAACAAACAAAAACACUACUCGUUUGAUGUCAUGAUGAUUCUCUUGAUUCUUCCAACCUUCACUACUUGCAUGCUGAUGGUUCAAAUAUGUAAUGUGGGGGAAAAUGUUUGUAACUGCUAGUCUUGACAUCCUCUUCUCUGGCUUCUUUAUGUAUAUGUUGAGGGGUAAAUAUAGAAAUAUUUAAAGUGGGGUGGGGGGAAAGAUCUGCAACAUCCUGUCCUUUUGAAAGCCAGCUUUAGACAUCCUCCUUGGAAAAUUUCAGCCAUCCCCACUUACAAUUUUUGUUCCUUUUACCCCAGUGCUGUUACUUUUGAUUUUCUGUUGGAAGAUCCUUGACGUCAACUUCUGAUGUCCAAUCCUUUCCACAUUUUAACUGUUGUUUUACAUUUUUGUCCCUCUCCCUCUCUCUCUCCCCCCCUUGUUUUUUUCUUUUGUGUUCUUGUCUCUUUUUCCUUGAAUUCCAGCCGUCCUGGCAAAGCUAGCCCCUCCCGCCCGGAGAGUCCAAAACCACCAUUUGACAUGUAACCCUGCUCCCUUCUUGAGAUCCAUCCUUUAUCUGCCUCUUAGCUGUUCUGUCCUGGAAUGGUCCAACGCACAUGUUAAAAACACAGCUUUGUUCUGUUGUAGCUUGUGGCUUGCACAUAUCAGAUGUGACUCUAGUGAAACUGGCUUUUCUUCCUCCCAGUUGCUUUAAAGGAAUUUAAACACAAAAAAAUGAGCUAUAUUGUAGUAAUGAGAAACAUAUCGUUACUGUUAUAUAAAUAUCUAUAAAUAUCUAUAAAUAUAAAGAUCUAAAUAUAUAUGGUGUCCAGAUGUUUUAAGCCUUUAAUGCUUCUGAUGUUUGAGUUUAGCAAAUACUCGAGUAAGGAGAUUAUAUAUAAUGUACACAUGUGAACCCAACAAAAAUAUAACCCAUAACCCAGAGGUCUGAGAUUGUCAACUCCCUGCUGUACACAGUUGGGUUAUUGUUGCCCCAAAAUUGUGGUGAAUCUUCGCAGUGCUGCUAGUAUCUGUGAUGCUGUCUGUGAUCUGUCAACUCUUGUUUAUUGGCUGAAAAAUAAACUAUUAUUUCUGUAUAACUGAGUACUCCAUGUCUAGAAUAAAACACUCUCUCAGUGCUUCCAGGCUCUUAUACUUAAUGCUGUCAAGUUAUUUGUGGCAAGACAAAUAGAAGGCUGCACACAUGAUGGCAGUGACAGGAGCAAUAGGUCGAAGUCCUGGUUUUACAGUUAAACACGCACACAUAUUCUGAAUGGGGUUUUUAAAAGGAAGCAUCACCAUCCACUGAAAGUGCACCAUCUCAUUUGGGUAUUAUUUACACAUACCAAGAAAAGGUUCUAUACAAAAACUCCAAACAACUUUAAUUGGAGUAGAUUCCACGGUUCUUAAAAAGAAAAACUCAGCUGUUUUCCUUGGCAGGUGAUUUUGACAGCCAACACAUUGUUAUUAUUGGUUGUAGUAGUACCCACUCUAGGUGGCUUCCAACAAAUAUAAAAGCAAAAUCAAACAUUAAAAACUUCCCUCUAUAGGGCUGCCUUUAGAUGUCUUCUAAAAGUUGACAUCUGAUGGGAGGGUGUUCCACAGGGUGGGUGCCAUUACGAAGAAGGCCCUCUGCCUGGUUCCCUGCAACUUGGCUUCGCACAACAAGGGAACCACCAGAAAGCCCUUGGCACUGGACCUCAGUGUCCGGGCAGAACGAUGGGGGUGGAGACGCUCCUUCAGGUAUACUGGACCGAGGCCGUUUAGGGUUUUAAAGGUCAGCACCAACACUUUGAAUUGUGCUCGGAAACGUACUGGGAGCCAAUGUAGGCCUUUCAGGACCGGUGUUAUGUGAUCUCGGCGGCCAUUCCCAGUCACCAGUCUGGCUGCCACAUUCUGGAUUAGUUGUAGUUUCUGGGUCACCUUCAAAGGCACAUUGCUCUACGGGAGAUAACCAGCGGGAGAUAACCAGUGCAUGUACCACUCUGGCAAGACAGUGCGUGGGCAGGUAGGGUCUCAGCCUGCAUACCAGAUGCAGCUGGUAGACAGCCACCCUGAACACAGAAUUAACCUGUGCCUCCAUGGACAGCUGUGAGUCCAAAAUGACCCCCAUGCUCUGUACCUGGUCCUUCAGAGGCAGAGUUACCGCAUUCAGAGAGUCCCCCACACCUGCCUGCCCCCCUGCCCUCCAGAGACAAUACUUUAUUGUCUGGAUUCAACUUCAAUCCAUUAGUUGUCAUCCAUCCUCCAGCCACCUCAAGACACACAAGACCCUCACCGCCUUCACUGGUUUUAAGAGAGGCAGAGCUGGGUAUCAUCUGCAUACUGAUGAACACCCAGCCCAAACCCCCAGAUGAUCUCUCUGAAGGGCUUCAUAUAGAUGUUAAAAAGCAUGGGAGAGGAGGGAGCCCUGAGGCAUCCCAAAAGUGAGAGGCCAGGGGUCCGAACACUCAUUCCCCAUCACCACUUUCUGGACAUGGCCCGGGAGGAAGGAGCGGAAGGAAACAGCUUUCACCUCUGUCCUUAGCUGGAGAUCAUUGACCUGCAUGACCAUGGUCCUCCAGAUGUGCCACCACAGGCUCACUCACUUUGCCCAGGAAUGCAAAAUUUGAGACUGGUCGUAGUUGGCAGAGUCCAAAGGUGUUUUUUUUUAAAAAAAAAAUAAAGUGGUUUGGUAACUGCCUCUUUAAGGAGUUCAGGGAAUUCUCUCACAGAGGAAAGUAUUCACCAUGCUAGAGAGCGCAUUGUCCAGCCUUGCCUGGCCCACAAUGAGAGAUCAACACAGAACCCAAACUUGUGCAUUAUGUUUAAGUUGCAAUGUCUUCCUAUAUAGCAGGGUGCAUUGCAUUGAAAAACUACUCAGAUAAUAAAAUCAUAGGUCAAUAUAAAGGUUCCAUGGAUGGUUAAGUCCAGUCAAAGGUGACUAUGGGGUGUGGCAUUCAUCUUGCUUUUCAGGCCAAGGGAGCCGGUGUUUGUACACAGGCAGCUUUCCAGGUCGUGGCCAGCAUGACUAAACCGCUUCUGGUGCAACAAAGGACUAUGACGAGUGCCAGAGCGCACAAAAAACAGUUUACCUUACGGCUUGCAGCAGUACCUAUUUAUCUACUCACACUGGUAUGCUUUCGAACUGCUAGGUUGGCAGGAGCUGGGACAAAGCACCUGUUGUGUGGAUUCGAACUGCUGAUUGAAUUGGGUGGUGCCACCCACAUCCCAGAAUCAUAGAACUGUAGCGUUGGAAGUGACUGCAAGGAUCAACUGGCCCCUGCAAUGCAUGAAUUUUUUUGCACAAUGUGGAGCUUUAACCCCAAACCCUGAGAUUUAGUCUCAUGCUCUACCACUGACUUUCCAAACUGCAGUGUGUAGGAUCACAGCUUUGCGUGGGCAUGGCAGUGGGAAGUAAAUAAAUGGAGAGCGAAGAAAAUCCACACGCCCUUUAUUUAUUCACAUGCACACCCCUACCUGUGCAAAGCUGCAAUCGCAUAAAGUUUACCCAGCUUUGGGAAGGCAGUGCCAGGGCUCCAGAGCACUUGUGCUGCCGUCCCAAAGAUGGAUAGAAUUACUUUAGCAAUCUUUUGAGGUCAAUAUUUGGCACUCCCAAAUGGAUCUUCUCAAUAAGGCUGCAUCUCAGCUGGUGCCCUGUGCAGGAAAACUGCCCGAUCCCAGAUCUUGCACU